CCGAAAAACACCCAUCUUUCAAGGAAGCUACUUCAGAGGAACCGUGUCCUUCUCCACAGCCGCCCCCGUUGCCCAAACACUGAUCUACAUGUCCCCGGAAGUUAUUCUGACGAAGGACUUCAGCAAGGCCAUCGACAUGUGGAGUCUGGGCUGCAUCUUAGCUGAGCUCAAGAGAGGCGUGGUCCUCUUCCAAGUGUGCGACGAGUGUGAGCUGAUGCUGGAAAUGACGAAGCUGCUGGGUGUUCCCCCAAAGCAUAUGCUGAAGGACACCCCGCUUGAGAACUUGCUCUCUGGUCCAAGAACCAGCAGACGCCGGGCCAGGCGCCAUUUGUCUAAGGCCCUGGACACGGAGAACAAACUCUUCCUUGACUUCAUCCAGAGCUGCCUGGAAUACGAGCCGGCGAAGCGCAUGACCCCGGAUGAGGCCAGGCAGCAUCCCUGGAUUCUGAUGCACUUCCAGAGUCCCAGCUCCAGCGAGGACUCUUCUCCCCACCAGUCCACCAACUGGGAGCCCAUGGUGGACUCCACCAGCGACACAGCCCCGUCCACCUCUGGACCAGGGCCCAGACCGGUCGGAGCCAGGGACAGCAGGAGGGAGGGGCCGCCAAAUUAAGGGGGUCCCCCCCCUAAUGGGGACAAGAACCGUGACAUGAGGCCCCCAAACGCCUCGACGGUCUUCAGAAAACACCUGACACCGUUUGAGCAGAGGGGAAUCAAACAGUACAAGGAGGUGUGGUCCCUUGGCAUAGCUGAAGAGAAGGUUCA